AUGGCUAAAAUGCUGACCAGAUUAAAUGACGCUGAGAUGAAAAUAAAGGAGCUGUCGAAGGCCAAGCUGGAGGUGGCCUUCAUGGCAGCUAUCCAGCCCUCAUCUCCUGCAGACGGUAGUGGCUUUGGGAGAAUCUGACCUUUUUCUGAAGAGAUCACCUUAGUCCACCAGAAGGUUCUGACCAACGUUGGAGGGGCCUAUGAUUCUUUGUCAGGUGUGUUCACUGCCCCAGUUGCGGGUGUCUACUUCUUUACCUUCACGACCUACAGCUGGGUGUCAGAGAAGGACAUUGGCGUCAGGCUGAUGAAGAACGACGAGGAGGUGCUGCUGGUUUGGGAGACGCAGGAUAAGGGCGAUAAUGAAGACUACGCCUCCAAUUCAGUGCUGCUGGAGCUGGUGGCUGGGGACAGGGUCUUCAUGCGCCUCAAGAAUGGCUAUCAGGUCGCAGGCUCCAUAUACUCCAACAUCCAUACCUUCAGUGGGUUUUUGCUGUACCCCAAGGCCAAGUAGUCAACUUACCCAACCAUUUGAUGAAUGCAAGCAAGAUUAUUGUCUGCAUUUGAUGCCAGAUGACAACCAAUAAAAUGUGUCAGCUUGGAA